AGUGAGCGGCCACCACGAUGAGACGCGCGGCUAAGAAGCGCCCGACGCUCGGGAAUCUGUGGGAAGAUGUGUCCGACGUCCCCGAUGAAUCCUCCACCAAAGUUGUGCACUUGGCCGUAGUUCAUCCUGGCACUUUUGUGGCAUGGAGUGGACUCCGUCUUAUGGACGUCAAAAGGUUGGAUACCCGUUAUAGUUAUAGUGUUCAAAAAUGUGUAGAUGCCCGUUACAUCGUACUUAAUUCGAAGAAGCCCGUAGUAUUGUGUGUUUAGGUACACUCACGAACAAAAACAAGAUGUAUUUUCGGGGAGAAAAGAGUAUAUUGGGUUGGUGAAUAUCAAUGUCAUUUCCGUUUUCAUAUCAUUUGUUGUUGCCAUGGUUUGGUUGAGUAAACGUGGAUCGGAUAACGUUACCGUGUAUUGAGAGGAAAGAAAUUAUUCAGAGUAAAUUAUACAUUUUAUUUAAAAAACUAUAUUAUUGGGUCUGUUUUAAAUAGCCUCACUUAACUUACUGGAGUCGAGUUUAGAAAUAACAUGAUUUUGGAACCAACCCAAAUUGGUAAAAGUAGGCGGAAAACCACGGGGAAGCUACUCUGUUUUACAAAAAUUUGAACGUAGUCCACACAACUGUUGCCAAGUCAUGCAGCCAUAUGAUUAAUAUGAACGAUUUGGCCCACACAAAAAAACAUGAAAAAUCCCUUGGCUGAAAUUAAGAAGUUUUAAGUAUUAUUACUUUUUUUUAAAAAUAGUUUUUUUAAACAUUUUUUUAAAAAAAAGAUGUGUGUUAAGUUGUUCCAUUGCUUGUCUCCCACGACCGAAGAACUCCUACCUGGGUGAUGCGAGACCGCUACUCGGCCACCUCGCAAACGUUUGUCGUGAGUGACGAGGAUGACGAAAGUGAGGAGGAAGAGGAGGAAGACUUGGAGGAGAAAUAUGAGGACGACAUGCUGAACAAGAUCAGGGCUCAGGUCAUGGCCGAGAAGAAGAUGAAACGGAUGAUCGGUGUCAAGGUCAAACAAGAGGAGGAGGAGUGGCGUGAGUACCAUAAAGAGGGGGGAGGGGGAGUCUCGGUGGUAGAUACAAACAUUUUUGUUUCCGGUUUUAAUGAUCAGUGGCUCAUUCAUUCAUAAAUCUAAAUUAACAAUAUCUCCCGUAUACCCGACCCCAGUGCACGCUAGACAUUGCCGUCUAUAUACCCCAGUACAUGAUAGACAUUGCCGUCCAUAUACCCCAGUACCAGUACAUGAUAGACGUUACCCAAGAACAUGACUGACAGUGUCCUAUUUGUCUCCCCCCCCCCCAUCCAUGGAUGCAAUAUAACGGGUUUAGACAAUUUUAUACAUUGUAUACCUACAAAGUGUCAUACUGUCACAAUGUCAUACUGUCACAGUGUCAUACUGUCAUACUGUCACAAUGUCAUACUGUCACAGUGUCAUACUGUCACAGUGUCAUACUGUCACAGUGUCAUACUGUCACAGUGUCAUACUGUCACAGUGUCAUACUGUCACAGUGUCAUACUGUCACAGUGUCAUACUGUCACAGUGUCAUAAUUUCACAGUGUCAUACCACCACAAUGUCAUGCCACCACAGUGUCAUACCGUCACAGUGUCAUACCACCACAGUGUGAUACCACCACAAUGUCAUGCCACCACAAUGUGAUACCACCACAAUGUCAUGCCACCACAAUGUGAUACCACCACAAUGUCAUGCCACCACAAUGUGAUACCACCACAAUGUCAUGCCACCACAAUGUGAUACCACCACAAUGUCAUGCCGUCACAGUGUGAUACCACCACAAUGUCAUGCCACCAUAAUGUGAUACCACCACAAUGUCAUGCCGUCACAGUGUGAUACCACCACAAUGUCAUACCACCACAAUGUGAUACCACCACAAUGUCAUGCCGUCACAGUGUGAUACCACCACAAUGUCAUGCCACCAUAAUGUGAUACCACCACAGUGUCAUACCGUCACAGUGUGAUACCACCACAAUGUCAUGCCACCACAAUGUGAUACCACAGUGUCAUACCGUCACAGUGUGAUACCACCACAAUGUCAUGCCACCACAAUGUGAUACCACCACAGUGUCAUACCGUCACAGUGUGAUACCACCACAAUGUCAUGCCACCACAAUGUGAUACCACCACAGUGUCAUACCGUCACAGUGUGAUACCACCACAAUGUCAUGCCACCACAAUGUGAUACCACCACAGUGUCAUACCGUCACAGUGUGAUACCACCACAAUGUCAUGCCACCACAAUGUGAUACCACCACAGUGUCAUACCGCCACAAUGUGAUACCACCACAAUGUCAUGCCACCACAAUGUGAUACAACCACAGUGUCAUACCGCCACAAUGUGAUACCACCACAAUGUCAUGCCACCACAAUGUGAUACAACCACAGUGUCAUACCGCCACAAUGUGAUACCACCACAAUGUCAUGCCACCACAAUGUGAUACAACCACAGUGUCAUACCGCCACAAUGUGAUACCGCCACAAUGUGAUACCACCACAAUGUCAUGCCAUCACAAGGUCUUGCCUUCAAAAUGUCCUACCUAAAAUAUGUAACAGGGUCCUACCAACAAUAUGUGACAAAUCCUACCAACACAGAGUUACAAUGUCCUCCCAACCCCGAGUUACAAUGUCCUCCCAACACAAUGUAACAAGGUCAUACGACCACUACACGUGCAGGCUUGUCCAACUACAAACUGACCAGUCUGACGGGCAAAGGGGAGGCUGAGUUGAUACGACUCAUCUUUGUCAUCGCCAACCAAACCUACAUCGAUGAGAGGAUUACCAAGGAGGAGUGGGACGAGAGAAAAUCAAGUGAGUGGGCGAGAGUGGUACUGAGUGGGCGAGAGUGGUACUGAGUGGGCAAGAGUAGUACAGAGUGGGCGAGAGUGGAACUGAGUGGGUGAAAGUGGCACUGAGUGGUCGAGAGUAGUACUGAGUGGUCGGGAGUAGUACUGAGUGGUCGAGAGUGGUACUGAGUGGGCGAGAGUAAUACUGAGUGGGCGAGAGUAGUACUGAGUGGGCGAAAGUAGUACUGAGUGGUCGAGAGUAGAACUGAGUGGUCGAGAGUAGUACUGAGUGGUCGAGAGUAGUACUUAGUGGUCGAGAGUAGCACUGAGUGGGUGAGAAUAGUACUGAGUGGUCGAAAGUAGUACUGAGUGGUCGAGAGUAGUACUGAGUGGUCGAGAGUAGUACUGAGUGGGUGAGAAUAGUACUGAGUGGUCGAGAGUAGUACUGAGUGGUCGAGAGUAGUACUGAGUGGUCGAGAGUAGUACUGAGUGGGCGAGAGUGGUACUGAGUGGGCGAGAGUUGUACUGAGUGGGUGAGAGUAGUACUGAGUGGUCGAGAGUGGUAAUGAGUGGGCGAGAGUAAUACUGAGUGGGCGAGAGUAGUACUGAGUGGGCGAAAGUAGUACUGAGUGGUCGAGAGUGGUACUGAGUGGUCGAGAGUAGUACUGAGUGGUUGAGAGUAGUACUGAGUCGCCGAGAGUGGUACUGAGUGGGCGAGAGUGGUACUGAGUGGGUGAGAAUAGUACUGAGUGGUCGAGAGUGGUAAUAAGUGGGUGAGAGUGGUACUGAGUGGGCGAGGGUGGUACUGAGUGGUCGAGAGUGGUACUGAGUGGUCGAGAGUGGUACUGAGUGGGUGAGAGUGGUACUGAGUGGGCGAAAGUGGUACUGAGUGGUCGAAAGUAGUACUGAGUGGGUGAGAGUGGUACUGAGUCGUCGAAAGUAGUACUGAGUGGUCGAGAGUAGUACUGAGUGGUCGAGAGUAGUACUGAGUGGUCGAGAGUAGUACUGAGUGGUCGAGAGUAGUACUGAGUGGGUGAGAAUAGUACUGAGUGGUCGAGAGUGGUACUAAGUGGUCGAGAGAUGUACUGAGUGGGUGAGAGUGGUACUGAGUGGGCGAGGGUGGUACUGAGUGGUCGAGAGUAGUACUGAGUGGUUGAGAGUAGUACUGAGUCGCCGAGAGUGGUACUGAGUGGGCGAGAGUGGUACUGAGUGGGUGAGAAUAGUACUGAGUGGUCGAGAGUGGUAAUAAGUGGGUGAGAGUGGUACUGAGUGGGUGAGAGUAGUACUGAGAGAUUCUUAUUGUGUUUGAGAAUGGUAAAAAGAAUGGUAUUGUAUGUGAUACUGGUAUUGUCUGUGAGUGUUAUUGUGUCAGAGUGUUCUUGUGUGUUAGAGUGUUAUUGUGUGCGAUAAUCUUUUAGUAUGUGAGGUUGGUAUUUUCUGGAAGAGAAUUAUUGCUAGGGGUACGAGACGGUCAGAGGGAGACAGAGGGGUUAUAUUAUAAAGAAAAUGGCGCAUGUCUUAGGAGGACAUAAUUUAUCGUUAUGGAACAGCACAUCUUACUUGGAAACUUCCUUCACUGUUAUCACAUGUCAAACUCAAGGCCUGUGGGCUACAUCCGGGCCAUAUCAGGCCCGCGAGGUCUUGACCGGCGUACAAUUAUAUCCAAGUCAACGCUAUGAUGUUUCCCAAUGCACACUUUGCUGAAAACCUUAGCUUACUUCGCGCCGAGUUCGCAAGGCGCUUUAGUGACUUUGAAGCACAGAAAUGUAAUUUGGAGCUCUUUCGUAACCCAUUUGUCAUAGACGUGGAAACUGCACCUGUAAAUUUGUAGACGGAGCUAGUAGAGCUGCAGUGUAAUAGGGCACUAAAGGCAAAGCAUGACACAGUUGGGCCUGCACAGUUCACUCGUUUCAUUCCUGAAGAGAUGCCCCAGCUUCGUCUACGUGCGGCUCGAGCCUUGAGCAUGUUGGGUAGCAGAUAUCUUGUGUGAGCAGCUGUUUUCUGUGAUGAAGAUUAACAAAACAUCACACAGGAGUCGUCUCACUGAUGAACACUUGCAGUCCAUCAAGAGAAUCUCAAUGACAAAGAACGUUGCUCUCAAAAUAAACGAACUUACUUGUUUUUAUAGCCAAGACAAUGUGCCAAACAUCCAGCUGUGACAAAUUUGCAUACGAACGAAAAUGGGUUUGCCAAUGGAGUUUUAAUUUUUUUUUUUUUUCUGUUUUGUUGGGACCGCAACCUAACAUGUGAUUUGAGUUUUGGCCCGCCGAGCAAUUGAGUUUGACACCCCUGAUAUAGAUUAUAAAUGGAAGGUUAGCGAUAGAUAAGUAGGUAUGCGCAGUAGGUAUGCGCAGUAGGUAUGUACAGGCUUUUCGACCGACCCGAAAACCCAAAACCGAUUUAAUAUUUUAAAAUUCUCGACAGUUUCAAAAUUCUGGCUGUAAUGGGCACCACUGCCCUAUCAUCAGCUGCGGUGUUUGAUGACGCCCCACAGUCAUAAUGUGCCAGCUCACUCUUAUAAUCACUUAAUUGAUGACGCCGCACAGUUAUAAUGUGCCACCUCAUCACUCUUGUAAUAUGUUCCCGUAACUAUUCCAAUACAUGUUAAAAAGAAAAAAAAAUCGACCAACCCACUUAUACCCGUCUCUUAUUAACCAUAAAACUUUAAAAAAACAGCCAUGCGCCCAAAUCGUGUGAACCACUUCCGUGUCCAUGUACUGACGUCUGUCAACUAGUGCAGCGCUCAACAAAUGCUGGUCCUCGGGCCGGCACCGGUCAGCGAGCCUUACGUUGCCGGUCCGCACAACAUGAAUAUCUAUGGUCAAAUAAGACCUGGAUAAACAUAGCUGACAGCGGUUCCUGAUUCAUUUUUUAAACGUGUCCACUAGUCAGCCAAACUUAAAAUGUGGAAAACGCUGAACAAGUACAAACGUUAAUAGUGGAUGAUGACGACAUGUCUCCAUUGGGAGCUUGAGUACAUUUCUAAAAACGUGUCCACCUGCCUCAUGUCAGUUGUAAAGCACCGAUUCCAUUGAAAUACCCAUUGCACGCACAUUUUAAAGCGCUAAUGUCAUCUAAAUACCCAGGUCAUGUAAACCGCCAAUGUCAUGUAAAGCGUAAUUGAAAGCAUAUCCCAUGGUUUUGCCCACAGAUACUGCCUACCAAACAUUGCCCAUUCUGUCCAGGUGCAAGAAGCAAUGGGGAGAAUCUGGUGCCAUCGUGCGAAUGCUAGCCAGGAAAUUCUGUAAGCUACUCUCUGUUCUUUCUUUCUCUCUCUCUCUCUUUCUCUUUUCCCCUCUAUAUGUCUCUCUUUCACACUAUAUGUCUCUCUUUGUCACUGUCUGUCUCCCUUUGACACUCUCUGCCUCCCACUGUUUUCGCUUCAUCUGUUAUUUCUCUCUAUAUCUCUCUCCCGUCCGCUCUCUCUCUCUCUCUCUCUCUCUCUCUCUCUCUCUCUCUCCACCAUUAAAACCCAGACACCUUUUCCUUUACAACGUAAGAUGUUUUCACAAAAUCACUCUUGUCCUCCUUUUCCAGCACUAAUAUCCAUCCCAACCCUGUCCCUCAUUCCAGUACUAAUAUGCAUCUCAAACCUGCCCACCUCUUCAAGUAAUAAUAUCCAUAUCAGCCUUGCCCCCUCUUCAAGUACUAAUAUCCAUCUCAACGUUUCCCCCUCAUCAAGUACUAAUAUCCAUCUCAACCCUGCCCACCUCUUCAAGUACUAAUAUCCAACCCAACCCUGCCCACCUCUUCAAGUACUAAUGCCCAUCUCAACCCUGCCCACCUCUUCAAGUACUAAUGCCCAUCUCAACCCUGCCCACCUCUUCAAGUACUAAUGCCCAUCUCAACCCUGCCCACCUCUUCAAGUACUAAUAUCCAUCUCAACCCUGCCCACCUCUUCAAGUACUAAUAUCCAUCUCAACCCUGCCCACCUCUUCAAGUACUAAUAUCCAUCUCAACCAUGCCCACCUCUUCAAGUACUAAUAUCCAUCUCAACCCUGCCCACCUCUUCAAGUACUAAUAUCCAUCUCAACCCUGCCCACCUCUUCAAGUACUAAUAUCCAUCUCAACCCUGCCCACCUCUUCAAGUACUAAUAUCCAUCUCAACCCUGCCCACCUCUUCAAGUACUAAUAUCCAUCUCAACCCUGCCCACCUCUUCAAGUACUAAUAUCCAUCUCAACCCUGCCCCCCUCUUCAAGUACUAAUGUCCAUCUAUACCCUGCCCCCCCCCUUUCCUAUUCCCGUAAUUAAGCACAUUUCAAACUAUUUCUAUACAUACACCCAUCUCGCGUAGUCCCUUAUUUUAGUACUUAUGUCCACCUGACUCGCCCUUUAGUUCCCAGUACUAAUGCCCACCUGACUUGCCCUGUAUUUCCCAGUACUAAUGCCCACCUGACUUGUCCUGUAUUUCCCAGUACUGAUGGGUGUCAACAAUGACGAGCAUCUUACAGUGGAGGCCACCUACGAACGAUUGAGGCGACUACAGCGGCAAAAUAAACGGGCAAUUUCUUGGGUGAUUUACGGAGAGAAGAACAAGGAGAAGCUGGUGAGAACGUCAUUGUCCUUAGUGGUCAUUAGAAGCUAUCAUGGUCCAUUGUGAUCAUUAGAAGCUAUCAUGGUCCAUUGUGGUCAUUAGAUGCUAUCAUGGUCCAUUGUGGUCAUUAGAAACUAUCAUGGUCCAUUGUGGUCAUUAGAAGCUAUCAUGGUCCAUUGUGGUCAUUAGAAGCUAUCAUGGUCCAUUGUGGUCAUUAGAAGCUAUCAUGGUCCAUUGUGGUCAUUAGAAGCUAUGUUUGUAAUGAAUAACUGUUCAUAGGCUUCAAUAAUUAAGUAACCUAUUUAAAACCAGGAGCCAUGACCCCGUGUUGCCCAGGGUAUUAUUCGAAAGUAUAUUGCGUUACUGUAAUAAACCUGCCUCUGCCAAGUCUUAUUUUGAUCAUGUCUCGGUGUUUUAUUUACUCUAAAACUCCCGGUACAAUUGAACCAAGGGCGAAUUAGUUAAGCUAAGCGAUAUCCGACUCUAGUAUUGCAGCCACAAUGAAACCGAUACAUUAACAAAGACGAAGUCGCUAAGCGAUAUCCGACUCUAGUAUUGCAGCCACAAUGAAACCGAUGCAUUAACAAAGACGAAGAGUUGCAGUAAAGAAUUCUCAUACUGUGAGACACGUGGAUCAAUGUGCCGUUUGGAAUGGUUUAGUCAACAUAAUAAGGGACCAUGGGAUGGGUGGAGGGGGGGGGGUAUAUAUGGGGUGGAAGAGAAAAUCCUCUCUCAAAAACAAACCACAUCAUCCACUGAAGUGUGAAGACGGCAGCGAAUUUCAGUGAUUCUAACAUUUCAGGAGUGGGCACAGGGUCAACUGUUGCACGUCAUACUGCCACCAUCUCUCAAGGAGUGGGACCAACUGAUACAAAAAACUCGAGGACCGUUCAUCGCAGCUUCAGGGGUCAGUUCCAAACAAGAUGUUAACCGUUGCAUUGAACAUUCUCUAAGAGUUGUAUGAGAUUGGGUGUGGCUCUGUGAGGUAGUAGUGUACGUCUGUGAGAUGUUGAGUUAUCACCAUCACAAUCACCAUAACUGUCAACAUGACCCUUGCCAUCAAACUGAGUAUUACCAUCAAACUGACCACUACCAUCAAACCGACCACUAUCAUCAAACUGACCAUUACCAUCAAACCGACCAUUACCAUUAAACCGACCAUUACCAUCAAACUGACCACUACCAUCAAAUCGACCAUUACAAUCAAACUGACCACUGCCAUCUAUUUCCCCAGAUAACAAUGGCCGACAUUGCCAUCGUAGACUUUCUUGACCAGUGCUCCUCCCACUUAAUGAUAGACUCCCUCCUAGCGGACUUCAUGGCCAUCAGCGAUCUCAUUUAUGUCGUCAAAAACUGCCCGAGUGUAAGAAAGUACACAGAUGAGCGACAGGAAGAUUAACCCUCAUCCCACGCACCCACUCCACCAGAGCGACAGGAAGAUUAACCCACUCCCACGCACCCACUCCCACCAGAGCGACAUGAAGAUUAACCCACCCCCACCCACCCACUCCCACCAGAGCGACCAGAAGAUUAACACACAUCCCACGCACCCACUCCACCAGAGUGACAGGAAGAUUAACCCACUCCCACCCACCCACUCCCACCAGAGCGACAUGAAGAUUAACCCACAUCCCACGCACCCAGUCCCACCAGAGUGACAGGAAGAUUAACCCACGUCCACGCACCCACUCCCACCAGAGUGACAGGAAGAUUAACCCACAUCCCACGCACCCACUCCACCAGAGCGACAGGAAGAUUGACCCUAUUAGUAUUAGUCAAUGCCCCCACCC